UCAUCCUUCAUCCCUCAUUUUACAUAAAAAGUUUCAUAUCAGAGAUAAGCCUUAUGAAUGUAAGGAAUGUGGUAAAGCCUUUAAUGAGGCCUCGUCCCUCAGUCAACAUACAAGAACUCACAGUGGAGAGAGGCCUUAUGAAUGUAAGGAAUGUGGGAAAGUCUUUAGUCAGCCCUCAAACCUCACUACACAUAUGCGAACUCACAAUGGAGAGAGGCCUUAUGAAUGUAAGGAGUGUGGGAAAGCCUUUAGUAGUUCCUCAGCCCUCACUACACACAUAAGAACUCACAGUGGAGAGAAACCUUAUGAAUGUAAGGAAUGUGGGAAAGCUUUUAGUCAGGCUGCACACCUCACUUCACAUAUAAAAACUCACAGUGGAGAGAGGCCUUAUGAAUGUAAAGAAUGUGGAAAAGUCUUUAGUUUUUCCUCAGCCCUCACUACACAUAAAAGAACUCACAGUGGAGAGAGGCCCUAUGAAUGUAAGGAAUGUGGGAAAGCCUUUAGUUGUUCCUCAGCCCUCACUACACACAUAAGAACUCACAGUGGAGAGAGGCCCUAUGAAUGUAUAGAAUGUGGGAAAGCUUUCAGUCGUUCAUCACACUUCACUAGACAUAUAAGGACUCACAGCGGAGAGAAGCCUUUUCAAUGUAAGGAAUGUGGAAAAGCCUUUAGUCGUUCCUCAUCUCUUACUCAACAUAUAAGAAGUCACAGUGGAGAGAGGCCUUAUGAAUGUAAGCAGUGUGGGAAAGUCUUCAGUUAUUCCUCUGCCCUCACUAUGCAUAAAAGAACUCACAGUGGAGAGAAACCUUAUGAAUGUAAGGAAUGUGGGAAAGCUUUCAGUUGUUUCUCAGGCCUCACUAGACAUAUUCGGACUCACAGUGGAGAGAGGCCCUAUGAAUGUAAGGAAUGUGGGAAAGCCUUUAGUCGUUCCUCAGCCCUCACUACCCAUAUAAGAACUCACAGUGGAGAGAGGCCUUAUGAAUGUAAGGAAUGUGGGAAAGCCUUUAGUCAGGCCUCAUCCCUCACUUCACAUAUGCGAACUCACAGUGGAGAGAGGCCUUAUGAAUGUAAAGAAUGUGGGAAAGUCUUUAGACAAGCCUCAAACCUUAGUACACAUAGAAGAAUUCACAGUGGAGAAAGGCCCUAUGAAUGUAAGGAAUGUGGGAAAGCCUUCAGUCAGGCUGCACACCUCACUUCACAUUUAAGAACUCACAGUGGAGAGACUACUCUGCGUCAAAAAUGGCAUGUUCCGUCCUUACUACUAUAA